AUGAGGCUUGAUUCAGUACAUUUUUCCAUGCUGGUCAUCGGGGUCUCCUUCGCCUGCUACUCCCCGAGUUUAAAUUCCCUGCAGGACCAGGCUUACAAAUCAACGGUGGUUAUUGAAGGCAAGGUGCAUUCGGUACCUGCGAAUGUCUCCACGGAGCCGUACAGUGUGAAUGUCAAAGUCCUGGACUUGUGGCCGUUGAACAGCGGUGGUUUGGAACGAGAGCAGCUCGUCACCGUCGGGGAAUUCGGCUCCGAGGCUCCGUGCAUCACAGUGGAAAAGGACCACAGAUAUAUAUUUUUCAUGGACCCAACCGACGAGCCCUUGGUAUUCAAGGCAUCGUUUGCUCCCUUAGACACCAAUGGGAAGAAUCUAAAAAAAGAUGUUGGGAGGAUCUUGUGCGAAGACUGCGCUACUGCCCCACAGGUAAAGCCCUUGAAGAACCAGUCGGUGGUGGAGGGGAACAAGCUCCUGCUGAAAUGUGAGGCGUCGGGGAAGCCCACUCCGGAGUACAAGUGGUACAGAGACGGCAGCGAGUUCAAGAAGAGCAAGGAGGUGAAGAUAAAGAGCAGCAAGAAAAACUCCCGGAUCCAGAUCAACAGAGCGCGGCUGGAGGAUUCUGGGAACUACACGUGCGUGGCCGAGAACAUGCACGGGAGGGACAACUCCACCAGCACCGUCACCGUCCAGAGCAGUACCACCACCCUCUCUCCCGGGUCGGGCCACGCCCGGCGGUGUAAUGAGACGGAGAAGGCGUACUGUGUUAACGGCGGGGACUGUUACUUCAUACACGGUAUCAAUCAGCUGUCCUGCAAGUGUCCAAAUAACUUUACCGGAGAUCGCUGUCAAACCGACGUUAUGGCCGGUUUCUACGAGCGUCUCGGGAUUGAGUUUAUGGAGGCAGAGGAGCUCUACAAGAAGAGGGUCCUGACCAUCACUGGCAUCUGCGUGGCCCUGCUGGUGGUAGGAAUCGUGUGUGUGGUCGCCUACUGCAAGACCAAGAAACAGAGGAAGAAAAUGCACAGCCACCUGAGGCAAAACAUGUGUGCAGAAAACCCGAACCGGAACCUGGCAAACGGACCCAACCACCCAGGACCGGGCCCAGAGGAGAUCCCCAUGGUGGAUUACAUCUCAAAGAACGUUCCGGCGACGGAGCGGGUGAUACGGCACGCGGGGACCUCCUUCACCGGGAGCCGAGCGUCUUCCAGAUCCCACCACUCAUCGACAGCGACGCACUCUUCCAGUCACAGAAACGAGGACCGCACGUGGAGUCUGGACCGAACGGGCAGCGUGGCGUCCGACUCGCGCUCGGGCGUGAUGUCGUCCUCGGUGGGGACCAGUAAAUGCAACAGUCCUGCCUGCAUGGAGGCGCAGGCCUGGCGUGUGGCACACUGUGGCAUUACUGAGCCCCGGGUCGAGCCUCGGUACAGGGACUCCUUCGACUCGCUGGGAGACUCGCCACACAGCGACAGGUACGUGUCGGCCCUGACCACGCCCGCCCGCCUCUCCCCGGUGGACUUCCACUACUCACUGCCCCCGCAGGUGCCUACCUUCCACAUCACCUCCCCGGGCGCCGGCCACGCCCUGUCCCUGCCCCCCUCCGCCCAGACCCCCUACUACCUGGAGGACGACCAGCCCCUGCUGCGGAGGUUCCAGCUGCCCCUGCAGGACGUCCCCGCCAGGCAGCACCGGCACGAGGUCCCCGCCCGGCAGGCCCGACACGACGGCCCCGCCCGCCGCACGUACCUCUGCGACAGCACAGGCAGCCUGCCCUCCAGCCCCUACCGGCCGGCAGAGGACGAGGACUACGAGACCACGCAGGAGUACCUGUCCUCGCUGGAGCAACCAAAGAGGAGCGCCUCCGGGGGCGGGAGGCGCUGGAGGAGGUCCAGACUGAACGGGCACGUGGCCCCGCGGGGGGAGACGGCCCGGGACUACAGCUCGCAGAGCUGCCUGUCGGACAGCGACUCCGAGGAGGAGGAGGAGCAGGGCGAGAGCACGCCCUUCCUCAGUAUGCUCAACAUGAACGCAGAGCCCACGCCCGCGUACGGCCGGACUCACCACCCGCCCGGGCGGCACGGCCCCAGGGCCGCCGGAGCCCAGACCAGACUCUCCCACCCGCGGGCCAAGCCAGACAGUGCACCCCUUUAAGAGAAGAACACGAAAAAACACACAGAAAACACGAAAAAAAAAACUCAAACAAAAGGAAAAAAAAAAAAGAACAAAAAAAAACAAACCUCCCGACAAACAAUAUGCUAUAGACCUGCACCUAUAAGAAAUAUUUUUAUUUUAUAUAACAGACAGAUAUUCUAAACAAAUGAAAUAUUUAUUUUCAUUUUAGCAAAAGUUGUCUACUAGCUAACAGCAAAGACUUUUUUAUAGGAAUACUAUUUAUAUGUAAAUUUUGAUUUACAGCAUUAAAAAAGACGUGCCAAUUUUUUCACAACUUAAAAAAUAGAAUAAUAUUGUGGUGCCUUUUGCUGUUUGCCGAUGCCAGAGGGCCAGUUGGGUUUUUCUACCCUUUCUUACACGGACUCCUCGUUUUUAUAGACAUUCCUUUCCUUCUCUUUCUUUUUUCUUUUUUUUUGGUUGUUUGGGAUCUCCCCCCCAUUUGAACUGUGAUAUUUUCUCUCUUCAUGCAAUAUAAGCCACUUCUGCAUAGGUGUAUGUUUACAUGAAUAUGAUUCUCAGACGUGAUGUUUGACAUUUUCUUUUCUCUGACAGGAAAUUGACAAAUGCAACGCAGUCCCAUUUCCUAACUUAAGGAGAAACCCCAUUGUGUGUUGAGCCUUGCCAACGAACUCACGGUGUUUUUUCUUUUUUCUUUUUUCCUUUUUCGUUUGUUCUUCGCUGCCUGUUACUGCGAGGGGGUUCCCGUAGGUUAAGGAGGAGUGCGGGUGUGCAAGUGAGCAUGACGCGUUUCGGAGUUGCCUGUACAUAAAAAGGUUAGCAUGUUUGAGACGGAGGCGCUGUGUACUAUGCGUGUGCGUGAGCGUGUGCGUGUGUGUGUGUGUGUGUGCGUGUGCGAGCCGCCUGUGUUUCUGUGUAGUAGCGUGUGUCACAGCCUCUGUCUAGCCCAGGGUUCUACGUUCCUGAGAAACGGGGAGAAUCUCGAAGGGUAUGUGUAUAAUUUUUAAAAUCUCGAAGGGUAUGUGUAUGAUUUUUAGGGACAAGCUCUGUUGCACUGUUCCCCUGCUUUGGGAGUAACUAGGGGGCCAAGGAGAUGCGAAGUGGUGAGCUAAUCCAGCCUGGGUCUGAUUCUGGCCUGAAUGGACCGCCCAAACAACCCCCAAACCGCCCCUAACCCCCCC